GGGGGCUCCGGGCCAUCUCUACGGGAAAAACAAGAGGAUAGAUUCUGCACGUUCCUGGCGUGCAGCCGCAAUGGAGAAGCCAACACCGCCGGCGUUCGUUUACCGGAUCAGCACGGCCGACGAGUGGGCGGAGCUCCAGCGCACGGGCGCCACUCUCGGCGGCGACCUCGACCGCUCCACCGGCUGCAUCCAUCUCAGCGACCUAGGCCAGGUGAAGAUGACUUUAAAGAACUUCUUUCUUGGAAGGAAUGAUCUAUACCUACUACAAAUCGACACUUCCAAGCUUGCAGAUGGGAUAAUUUAUGAGGAAAGUGAUGAUAAUAAGUACUUUCCUCAUUUUUAUGGUCCUGGUCGGAGCUUUGUACCUCUUAAACUAGAUGCUGUUGUCAAGGCGGACAAAAUAGAGCUUGAAAACAAUGAUUUUACCUGCAGCCUACUUGAUGGAAGUAAUGUCCCAUGCUGAUUUGUAGAGUUCGGCCUUCUCUAGCAAUUUCCAUGUGAGUUAUCUGCCAAAGCUUAGCAACUUUUAAGCAGUUCACACCAGAAGGCACUUAUAAGGAAUGGCAAAUUGUAGCAUACAGUGUAUUAAAGUCCAGUCAUCCAUAUGGUCUUCCUGGUGAAAGAUUUAAAUAUGGCCAUGGGAAGUUCAGAACUGUCCAGAAAUUUAUGUCAUCAGCUCAUCCUGAUGGGUUGGGAGUUGGGACAUUAUGCUAAAGAAAAUAAAGCUCCGUGUCUUCUUGUAAACUUUGUCCGAUCCAAGGAUGAUGCACUAUACUUGUAAAGAAAUCACCAUGUCUUGUACACUAGAGUACUAGACAUAGUAAAACUGAACUUUGACAUUUCAUGGAUCCCUGGGGUCCUAAAUCUCCUCCUUAA